GCCUUCCAUAAAGACAAGUCUUUCGCACUGCACUUUGAGGGGGGGUUAAUUCAGCAAAAAUCUGAGCAGAUUCUCAGUCUUCAAAAAGGUGAAUUUUCCGUCUCUUAUCAGGCUCCAAGUACAGUAAAUAUAACAGCAGAUGGCGCCACAACCCCAUUCUAGAUGGCAAGUUAACAACUAGACACCACCCGUCGACGAUAAAGCUGCUGCUAUAUUCGGAACCAGCUGAGGGAUGACAUCGCUGCCUAUUGGCGUGGUCCUCUGCCUAACAGGCUGGAUCACUCUCUACAAACUACUGUGUAAUAACAAUGAAAGCCGUGGCUUUGAGUGGAACUGUAGGCUGGUCACACUGCUCCAUGGCAUCCUGGCGGUCUGCAUAACAGCAUACAUAGGCUAUGUGGAAGGACCUUGGCCCUUCACACAUCCAGGCACAAAGAACACCCCCCUUCAGAUCAGUGCUAUGGUCAUUAGCCUGGGCUACUUCAUCUUCGAUAUGGGCUGGUGUGUGUACUUCCGCACAGAGGGCCCGGUGAUGCUGGUCCACCACACGAUGAGCAUCCUGGGUAUCUUGUUGACCCUGAGCUUGGGGGAAUCGGGCAUCGAGUCCUGCGCCGUAAUCUUUGCUAGCGAGAUCACCAACCCCCUGCUGCAAACUCGCUGGUUCCUGAGACAGUUGGGUCACUAUGAGAGCCUGACAGGGGAGGUGGUGGAUGUUCUGUUUGUGGUGCUAUUUGUGUUCAUGCGCAUAGUGGUUGGCGGGAGUAUGUUGUACUGCGAGCUCAUCUCCCCACGGCCCAGGUUAAUUAUAAAGUGUGGGGGAGUUGCCAUGUAUGUGCUGUCCUGGGUGUUCAUGGUGGACAUUGGUCGUUUCGCCUACCGCAAGAGUCAAUCCAAAUACAGAGUCUGGAGAGACCAGCACAAAUUGGCAGCAGUUAACGGACAUGUCGGAAAGACCGACUGAAAGACUUCCUUAUCAUUAGAAGAUUAAUAAAAACAUCCAAUGUUUAUACUAAUAGAAGACCUUAAUACAUUUAAUGGUUGUGUAAGCAUGGGGUUAAAGUCAACCCAUUCUUUAGGCCUAUAUGGGAAUAUGUUGGUAUUUAGCUAACACUUGUACAUUUAAAAACAUUUUUUUAACAAGUGCAAGAGUGCUGCAAAAGCAUCUUCAAAGAUGUACAACUGUAGAAAAAAACCAUUGAGAUAGUUUGUCUUUUGAUUCCAAAGGACCUAGUGUAAAUAUGAUGAACAGAUGUAUUUCACAACCUAUUUACAAUUAAUUGUAACCUAAUAGUAUGUUCUUCUAACCUUGUAUCCAGCAAUAAGUUGACUAUUGGGAAAUAGGCACAUAACAUUCCCUAAUCCUCAUAGGUUCGGCAACACUUUUUUGAGGCAGUGAAAUUGAACCGAAACUGUUUCUUUCCUUUUGCAGUAUUUUGUUGUAUGCAGUAGUUUUUUGCAGAAAUGCAACUUUUUAUAAAUAUUUUGCAAUGUUUUGAGUCAAAUUUUUCUAAUUUGAGUCUUUGUCUAAUUUGAAUUGUAGUACAAUUUAUAAGCCAUUUAAAAACAUUCCAUUUGGUUUUUAGGAAGAGGUUUAUUAACGCUCGCUGAGAUUGCAGUGUUACAUGACACUGGCUUUUAUAUAACAUACAACUCAGUAAAAAGAUACAUGUUUCUUGUGAUAACGGUCUUUCCAUUUAGCUAUAAUAAGGGUUUUUCAUUAAAGCGAACAGCAACAAAUCCGUAACACGUGGAACAAAGUAAUUGUGUAACAUACUGUAAUAGUAUGUUUUUGUGGCAUCCCAUUGCUUGAUUGGGUGUAUAUUAGUUUAAAAUAACAAUUGUUGUGUGCAUGGUAUUGCUUAAAAUGUUCCAGUAUGAUGCUAGGUCACAUUUCCCACUAUUGUAUGCUUUCAUAUUUGAAAUUCACUACUUUUAUAUGAAAUAUUUAAAUAUGGUGCCUAAAUAGUUAGAUACCAUUCCAUAUACUGCAUGUCAACAUUCACUACCCCUGUGUCUGUGAUAAAGGAGAAUAAAUAUGUGUGCCUUUGUGACUUUACAUGUUCAAAUGUAAAGUUUACUUUUCUGUUUUCGAUAAAUACCCUGAAUACAAAUCUGGUAUAGAAAUGUGUGCUGUAAUAUCAAGUAAAAUAUUACAGCACAUAUUAGGCAUAUAUAGUAUCAAAUAUUUAUUAGAAAAAUAGGAACAGAUGUAUUAUUAUUUUUACUCAGGGAACUAUUACUUUACCACUUGUUACAAUUAACAUAACUCGUUUAAAGUAAAUUCUAUUACAACAUAUUUAAAUGUAUGCUAGCCUACAUUGCUUUCAAAAAAAACCUUGUCCGGUACUGUAGGGUAGACUUAUUGCGCUAUAGCCACAGUGCUCUGUGCGUGAAGUAUUAAAAUUGUCCACAUGGUGGCAUUUGUAAAUCAACAAUCCUCCAAAAUACUGUACUAGUGGUCAACCAAAAAUGUCACGUUUGAACACGUUUUGCUGCCAAAUGCCAUAACCAUUUAACACUGUAAAAUGUUAUGAUUUAUUGUUACAGCAGGAAAUGAUUGUACUUUAUUUACUGGUCAUUUUAAUGGAAUAGUUCACCCACAAAUUAAAGUUUGUCAGAAGUUGUCUGACC